AUGUGCAGGUCACCCUGUUUUAAGGUGGGUCUGCUUCUGACAUCAAAGUUGUGGCUGUGUAUGGGACUUUAUCAGAUUUGCUGUCUGUGGCUAGUAAUAAGCUUGGAAUAAAAGCGACCAGUGUUUACAAUGGAAAAGGUGGACUCAUUGAUGAUAUCGCUUUGAUUAGGGAUGAUGAUGUUCUGUUUGUCUGUGAAGGGGAGCCAUUCAUUGAUCCUCAGACUGAUGGGAGACCUCAUGAAGGACUGACAGGGUCCCACACAGACUGGUUAACACUCAAUGUUGGAGGCCGAUACUUCACCACUACACGGAGCACUUUGGUUAACAAAGAACCUGACAGUAUGUUGGCCCACAUGUUUAAAGAUAAAGAUGCUUGGGGAAAUAAGCAAGAUCAUAGAGGAGCAUUCCUAAUUGACCGCAGUCCAGAGUAUUUUGAGCCAAUUUUGAACUAUUUGCGUCACGGACAGCUCAUUGUAAAUGAUGGCAUUAAUUUGCUAGGUGUUUUGGAAGAAGCCAGGUUUUUUGGUAUCGAUUCACUAAUUGAACAUCUAGAAAUAGCUAUUAAGAAUUCACAGCCAGCUGAGGAUCAUUCUCCUAUAUCUCGCAAGGAGUUUGUCCGAUUCUUGCUGGCAACCCCAACCAAGUCCGAGCUGCGCUGUCAGGGUCUCAAUUUCAGUGGAGCAGAUCUUUCACGUCUUGAUCUUCGAUACAUCAACUUCAAGAUGGCAAACCUGAGCCGGUGCAACCUGGCGCACGCCAACCUGUGCUGUGCCAAUCUUGAGAGAGCCGACCUCUCCGGAUCAGUGCUUGAUUGUGCAAACCUUCAAGGGGUGAAAAUGCUGUGUUCCAAUGCAGAAGGAGCAUCUCUAAAAGGGUGCAAUUUUGAAGAUCCAUCAGGCCUUAAAGCUAAUUUGGAAGGUGCCAACCUGAAAGGUGUGGACAUGGAAGGCAGCCAAAUGACAGGAAUUAAUCUAAGAGUUGCAACGCUGAAAAAUGCAAAACUAAAAAACUGUAAUCUUAGAGGAGCAACUUUGGCAGGAACUGAUUUGGAAAACUGUGAUCUAUCAGGUUGUGAUCUACAAGAAGCUAACUUGAGGGGAUCUAACGUAAAAGGAGCUAUCUUUGAAGAGAUGCUGACACCUCUGCACAUGUCCCAGAGCGUCAGAUAGGGAAGAGAAUAUGCCGAAGAGGAAGGAAUCAGAACAUUUAUUGUGACUUUCUUUACCUCCUCCCCUUAUUAAGUUAGAAGUAAUGAUUAUUAGACAAC